UACAGGCCUCUGCUUCUUUGCAGAUGGUGCAUUGGUGAAUGAGCUAUACAGUUUGCUCCGUGAUCAGGAUCCUAUUGUAGUCGUGAAUUGUCUGAGGGCCCUGGAAGAGAUCUUGAAGAAGGAGGGAGGAGUUGUCAUCAACAAACCCAUUGCCCAUCAUCUUCUCAACAGGAUGGUGGAUCUGGAUCAGUGGGGGCAAAGUGAGGUGCUUACCUUCCUCCUGCGUUACACACCCCGCAGUGAGGAGGAACUCUUCGACGUGCUCAAUUUACUGGAUGGCUAUCUCAAAAGCAGCAGCCCCAGCGUUGUGAUGGCAGCCACCAAGCUUUUCCUAGUGCUGGCCAGGGAGUACCCACAUGUGCAGGCAGAUGUUUUGGUGAGAGUGAAGGGACCGCUGCUGUCUGCCUGCACCUCCGAGAGCAGGGAGCUCUGCUUCACCGCACUGUGCCAUGUGCGUCAGAUCCUUGGUAGCCUUCCUGGCCAUUUUAGCAGCCACUACAAAAAGUUCUUUUGUUCGUAUUCAGAGCCCCACUACAUCAAAUGCCAGAAGAUGGAGGUGUUGUGUGAACUGGUGAAUGAUGAAAACGUACAGCAAGUCCUGGAGGAGCUGAAGGGCUAUUGCACUGAUGUAUCGGUAGAGCUUGCCCAAGGGGCGAUCUCUGCCAUAGGCAAUAUUGCUAGGACAUACACAGAAGAGUGUGUGGGGAUUCUGACAGAGCUCCUGGGGCUUCAGCAGGCACAUCUCACUUCAGCGGUAGUGCAGGCUUUUCGGGACCUGGUUUGGCUGUGUCCUCAGUGCACGGAUGCCGUGUGUCGAGCACUGCCUAGCUGUGAGGACGCCAUCCAGGACAGUGAGGGCAAGCAAGCGCUGAUCUGGCUCCUGGGUGCACAUGGUGACAAAGUACCGAAUGCCCCCUAUGUUUUAGAGGACUUUGUGGAGAACGUGAAAUCAGAGAUGUUCCCAGCAGUGAAGAUGGAGCUUCUGACAGCGUUGGUGCGACUUUUCCUGUCUCGUCCUGCUGAGUGUCAGGACAUGCUGGGGAGACUGCUCUAUUACUGCAUAGAGGAGGAGAUGGAUAUGGCAGUACGAGACCGUGGAUUGUUCUACUAUCGCCUUUUGCAGUCUGGUGUGGAAGAAGUGAAACGGGUCCUGUGUAGCCCCAAGUCUGACCCCUCUCUGGGGCUCCUGGAAGACCAAACUGAGCGACCUGUGAAUACGUGGGCUUCAGAGUUUAAUACUCUUGCUCCAGUUUAUGGCAGAGAACGCUGGGCACUCGUCACUGCUCACCAGCCAGCAGAACCCUCUUACACUUGUUCUCCUUGUACUGACUCCAGGAGCAGAGACACAGAGUCACUGAUUUCUGAAGGGAAUCAAGAAGUCCUCAAGGUUCAUCCCGAUACAGGCAGCCUGACCUUAAUUCCUGAUGUUUACCUGACUGCAGAACAGUUUGAGAAGACCUGGCUGAGCUUGGACACGAGCUGUCACCUCUCUCUGCCCUGGUCUGGGACUGUUGAUCCGGAUACCGUACAGACGGCUCUUCAUGUUGUCCACAUCCAAACUAUUGCUAUGAGCAAAGCGGGCGUCCAGCCAUGGAAAGCUUAUCUCAGUGCUCAGGAUGACACUGGUUGUCUCUUCCUAGCAGAGCUCUUGCUUGAGGCAGCGGGUUCGGAGAUGCAGGUUUCAGUGAAGCAGAGUGAGGCAAAGCCAGAGGCCUUGCAAACCUUUAUUUCGGUGUUAAGGACAGUCAUGGGGGCAGUUGCUGGACUGGAGUCCUGAUUGUUCCCUGCUCCCAGUGGGAUACUGGCACAGGAAAAGUUUCUUUCUCUGGUUUCAUUUGCCAUACUUGAUGCAGGUUUUGUACUUGUAAACUGUGGGAGUGUUAGCAGCCUUUUCCUGGAGCAGGGCUGGGCCCAGCGAGCCCAUGUGGUGUGGGGGUACGGGGCUGCUGCAGCUGGUGAGUGGGGCAGGGUGAAGGGUCUGUCCUCCCCCUGGCUGGGGAAAGGGCAAGGGGAUGCGUUCAUGAGCUCGCUGCUGGGGUGAGUCACGGGAGUGGUGGCAUCUCUGGUGAUUGUCACAAGACGCUAACGUGACUGGGGGAACCAGAAAUGAGCAAAAUGUAUUUUGGAGAGUUUUCAUGAGAAUUGUAAAUCAUUCAAAAAACAGUUCAGGGGCUCCGGGACUCUGCUACUUGCCUCACGUUAGGGGGAAUGGUGCUUUGAAGAGAGAAGUGUUGAGUUCUUGGCUCCCUUUACAGGGGAUGCAGUUUUCUCUCUGAUAGAUGGAUUUCAAUAGCAGAGCCCCGUGCACCCGUACGUGAGGCUGCUGUGUCAGAUGGGUGGGCAGCGUACGUCGUGCUCACUGGAAACAGCAGGGUUCUUUUUCAAGAGAAAGUGCGUUUUCUAGAUGAAAUAUGUUACUGUACUGAUGAGUCUCCCUCUCUGAAAUUCCCCCUCAAGGCUGCGGUAGGAAGGCGCAGGAGCGUGCAUGUUGUGUAGGAUGCGCCUGUGUGAGUUAAUUCGGCGUUUGAUAAGAGUUUUGUAGCCCACAUCCCUGUGGCCGUGUCAGUGAGCUGUCAGCUCUUGGUACUCACACCAAUAGUGGAAGAAUUGCUGCUCAGAUAAUUAACCUAUAUGGAGUAUUAAAUUCUUUACCAUUCGUUACUUGGGAACUAGAAUGGAUAUUUAAAAGUUUGUUUUAUUUCUGCGCAGCGCUGCGGUCCUGUCCCCGCAGUACAGCACGUGAGGCUGCAGUGCUCCCUGGCUGAACUCUCACCGUUCUCGAAGUUACGCUCCGGCCAGCCUUGGGACUUGUGUCGGCAGCGCCUCAUCUGCUCUGCUGAACGUUACGGAGAGCUGGACUUUGUACGGUGUCCUGAAGUGUCCUUGUCACAGCCAUGUUUUACAGUGGCAAAACCCCGAGGAAGGCUUGAGGUUGAGGUGCGUAGGUGGCUGUAACAGGGCUUUGUGCUGCUCUGUAAGAAGUAGCUUUGUUAACCAUUCUGUAAGAUUUCUUGUAAUCUUUAAUUUCUUUUAUUGCCUGUAUUGUACCUUUAAAUGGCAGUAUGCCUUCUGUGCACCCACUGAAACACUGCUGUCACUGCUAAACAACAGGGUUGGGAUUUUAUUGCUGAGUUUCCUAAUAAAAAUGUGAAUUGUU